AUGGGUGAAAACGUUCCGACUUCAAAAAUAAAUGGGCAGGAGUCGGUUGCUGGAACUGCUGGAGGGUUUGCCCCAAUAACGAAGAAAGAGGAAGAUCACAAAGGACUUCUCAGAAGAACCAAGACUGCAAGUCCGGCCACCCUCUUAGGUGCAGAUAAAACAAAGGAGGAAGGUCACGAUAAGAAGAAACGACAAAAAGCUAAAGGUGAUGCGCCAAAGCGAAGAGCUGUUGUUUAUCAUGAUGAGGGACCUGGAAACAGAUUUUCUGGUGAUUAUGGACACCGAGCUAGCAGUAGCACCGAUGAAUACCGUAAAGGAUCGACUUCCGAUGAAUACAAACGACGUCUUUAUGACAUGCGUGAGAAGUACAUGGAAGAAAAAGCCAACGAUGAAGGAGAAUCACAAAAUCUCUACAAAAUCUUGGCGGUGGUACUAUCCUUAGUCAUCCUCGUAUUGCUCUUUAUACUGUACUUCUAUUUUUUGCAACCCCAAUUCCCUUCUAUGGAAACUCUACGCUAUCAAUUUGGGGUGAUGACAGAGGUUUUCGAUUGUUCGCUGCACAUGAAACGUCGUUUCAUACAAGGUGACACAGUGCAUGAUGUUGUUCGACAAGGUCUCAUGUGUUUGUAUGCAUUAGCACCUCACACAAUUCAUGAGGAAUCUUCUUUGCAAAUGAUCUUCGCACACAUCCACACAUAUGAGGGAAAAUUAGCAUCAGCCCAAAAGUUAGAGCUGAACGACACAUGUGUAAGAUGGGAAACGCCAUGCAGAUUAGGGGAAGUAUGGAAUCUGUUCAGCGGAUACGGUUACUCCGCAGGAAAACUUGCUGAUUCGCUGUUAUCCAGUGUGUGGUUGGAACCGAAAAAAGUGGAUACCGAUUAUCAUGCAGCGAUCUGGUCGCGUUCCCUUUGGGAUAAUGUGACAUACGGUUACGGUUCUGGAAAAAUGAAGCCCAGAAAGUUCCGGUUACACCAUCUUUUACUAAGAAUAGCGAAACAAACACGCCGUUUCAAAAAGCUGUUGUCAAAUUGGCAGAAAAGAUUUCCAAAUAUAAAUAUCUCGACAAUGUCAACACGUGAUACGAUAACCAUAACAGAGGACGAAGCUAACUUAGCAGCCUCAAUCUUUGCGAGUAAUCGAGCUAAAAAAAGCCCUCUCCGCAAAGAUAGGAUAGUGCAUGUUCCACUUACAAGUGAUGAGGACAUAAAAUAUAGCCUGGAACUCAUAUACUCAAAAUCCACAGAAGCUCCUACUCUAUCAUUCAUGGCAGCUUUCCUUAUCAAAGUUGUCUAUACGGCUUUUCUCAAAGUGCAACCAGAAGAGAAAGUAGAUACAAUUGCACUGAUGACGCUCAAUGCUCAAAGAAUAGCCUUGCAAAUGCUUAGAAGAACACGACAUUGGACUGGUAAUCCCAAGGACCCCUACUUGAUGAACCUGUGCAAUUUGGCAGUGGAUCAGAUCAUCAAACAGACGUAUGACAAAAGUCCUAUUGGGGUCAGAAGAAACGCGACAAAUGAACGAGUCUCUUCGAUCUUGAUGUGGAUAGCAAAUAAACAUGUGAAUUCCGCACUAAUCAUGGAGAUGUCACUGCCGCAUGUAUUUGACCCAACUGGUGGUGGAACAAAACGAUUAGAAUAUUCCUCCUUUGUGGACAAAGAUGGAGCAAGGUCCCCUCCGUUCUUGCCUUCAGCGGGUAUUGUGGUAGUGAGCAAUUUUCACAACAAAUCGCGGCCAAUCAUAGCCGCCACAGCGUCGGGCAGAGAAAGAUUAGUAGAAGGUGUAGCAAAUACGGUUCUACGCUUGUUACUUAUAAAUGAAGGAGCCGGAAUGGCCGUCAAGCCUAUAGAUGCGUACCUAGAUGCAAGCGAUGGCUUGACACAUUGUUCAGAAGAGCUAUACAACAGACUCAAGAAAUGGUUUAACUUUGCCUGUGAUACGACUGUCAUAACCCGGCCGGAACGAAGAGUUAUGGCUUUCGAGGCCGUCAAAAAUGCUCCGUAUGCUACGAUGGCAAUGAGUCAAGAAUACGGUUACGCAUAUGCGCCUGGAUUCUAAAAUUCUGCCAUUGUCUCUCACUAAAACAUUAAUUGUAAUUACGAAUGUUUGCGAAAGUAGAUACUUCUGGUAAAGCAAUUUAUUUUCUGUAUA